UCGCUUCUCCUGCAGAAGUUCUCUGGGCCCCUGCCAUGAAGAUAUUAUCUCUCUUGAAAAUAAGCAUAACUGCGCUUUGUCCAGACCCUGCAAAACGACACUGAAACUUCCAAUCUGAAACAGAGCACAGCAAGUCAAACAUACAACCCAUGUGUCCACACAGCCUUGAGAGCCCUCCACUGAACCAGCCCUCCUAUAAAAUCUCCUAGGCAAAAAGCGUGGAAAAGUUCAUGUGGCAUGAGAAAAUGACCGAUUCCAAAUCCCCUGUGUGGAGUACUCCUUGCUUUCUGUCCACACUGCCUUCCCAGACUGUUCUAGAGAACUCAGACAUCACCCUCUGCUGCACCAUAACGGGUCACCCCAAACCAGAGGUAACUUGGUAUAAAAAUGGUCAAGAUAUCACUGAAUCAGACACCGUUUCCAAUUACGAAAUCUUGGAAGAUCAGUUCAUUCACAUACUGCACUUGUAUAGCUGCACCCAGAAAGAUGCUGCCGUUUAUCAGAUUUCAGCUCAAAACUGUUUUGGAAUGAUCUGUUGUUCUGCUUUUAUUCAAGUUGAGCCCUUUGCAAAACACCAACUUUAUCCUGAUCUGAAGGAUGACACUGCUAGUGAGAGGAAAGAACCAGAGGCAGGUCAAAGGAAAUAUUCAUCUCUGGUUGACCAGAAGGAACAGGCUUUUGAAGUGGAAGGAAAGUUCUCAUCCCAGGAUACUUCCUCUUCAACGUCAACCAAUGCUUCCCUUCCCUAUGCCAGCAGCCCAUGCACAUUGCCAUCACUGGAAAACAAUGACCAUAAUUCUGGUUGUUUGGAAGAAAAUGCAGAUGUCACGGACACAGGUAAAUCCCCACAUGAUCACUACAAUCAAAUUUACCCAGAGGAAAUUGCAGAUGAUUUGUUUUUCCCUAAGAAAAGUGAAGCUGCUGACAAAUCAGGAAAAUGUUGCCGCAAGCAAAUACAUUCCAAACCAUCAAAGCUAACUGAUGAUCACAUGGACAGCUCCAAUCCUAAAGAAGAAGUCUUCAUUUCGAGACAACGAGAUACUAAGAUGCAGAAAUACAUCAGUUCCUGUAUCCCUCUGACUGAGAUACCCACAUCCAAUUUCCCCACUAAUAGGGUCCAAGUUGAUCAACAUUUCUCUCCACAGGUUGCCUGUGAAGGAGGCACUCACCUUGAACUUUUGCCAGAAACAGACCUUCCUUACAAGGAGGAGCGUUUGGACGAUGACCUUGAGUAUUUGGAAUGUUCCAAUGUUAUGAUGGAUUACUCGGAGGGAAUCUGGCAAAAGGAGGUACAAGGGGUUGACCCUGUAUUUUUAUUAGAAAGCUAUGACGAAGAAGAGACAGAAGUCAGUGAGGGUUGCCUGGGUGGGUGGAGGAAUUUCCUCAGUGAGAUGGGUGGUCAGUUUCGGGUGUCGGAUAACACAGAGCCUAUGGAUACGGCCAUUGGCUUCUGCGUUCCUCACUCGAAACCCAGAGAGGUAGCUGGAAGGAGCAGGCUAACCACAUUCAGUCCGCCCACCUCCCAAACAGGAAUGACUCUUACGCUGGGGCACCAUCAAGAUGAGACAUCCACUGUGAAAGACAGAGAGACAUACCAACUACCUAUCCCUUCUGCAGCUGUGGAAAAUGAUUAUCCUGGAAUUGAAGAAGAAGGCACAAAGAGUCGCCAAGCAGGAGAUCUCCCUGUUGGCGGCCCACCGAACAUGAAUAGCAUGCAGGCAAAACCCUCACCUCGAGGGUUGGAAAAAUCUGCAGGAAGCCACAUUUUAGAGGCAACAGCCGAAAGCCGUGCAGCAGGAGCCCCAGCCCAAAGGAAGGGCUUGAAAAAAUUAGUCAGGGUGAAGCGGCCAGGGGCCAAGGAAAAACUACAGCAGCUCAACCGCAACCUGAAAGAAAGCGUCCCAGAAGGGAGCUUUGAUCUCUUAGUUCCCGAAGAAAUCGGCAAACAGGACCUGGCUCGGAGUGAUUCCAGAGAUGGUUUCCAAGUAACAGCCAACGGUACCGAUUUUCAAACCCAAUUCCAGGAAAGAAAAUGUGCUGUUCCAACCCAAGCACAGGAGCAGGAAAUAAAAUCUGUUCAAAGCCCGGUGGAUUCCAUUCUGCAAGGAGGAGGAGAUACGAACUGCAUGCGGAAAGAGAAAUGGACUGGACACCCAUUGGAGAUCAGUCAGGUGUCAAGUUCAGAUGCCUGUCCGCAGGUUCAAGGAGAAGAAACAAAUGUGAAAGGCAAAAGUCUGAAUCUGUCACAAGCCUCUCCGGAACUGGAAAAAGACCCAGAGUUCCCACAGGUAGUCUGCCCAUUGAAUGAGAUUGUCCCAAGCCCCCUCCUCACAUUAGAAAGGACCACAGAUGGGAAUGGAUCACCUGCAAAAAAUGUGAUGUUGGAGAGCUGGACUCUGGGCCUCCAGCCUGCUCCAGGAGGAGACCACAGGGGAACUAAUGAGUGGCCUGAAGGAUUCUGGGAAAACAAGCCAAGUGAGCAUGUCACCCAUGAGACCAGGAAUGAAAUUGGGAAUGAGCAGGAGCAGUUAAUCACUUGUUUCCAGCAAGGCACCGCAGCUGAUCCCAGUAAUCGAGAAGAAGCCUGUGCCGCUUUGGCCUCCUCGGUAGUUCUAAAGGCUCCUGAAGAUAAGGGCAAUAGGCCAUGGGAGACAGAAGGCACAUUGGUUAAUGGGCCUUCUGAAGGAGCUGACCAAGGGACAAGCUGUGAUACCUCAGGUCCCUCCCCUGGAACUUCAGGGGUUCAAUACUUGCCUUGGGAAGUUUGUCCAAUGGACUCAGAGCUAGCAGAUAAAGCCUCUGAUUUAUGCUCCCUCAGUCAUGAGAAAACACUACAUGAGACCUCACUACCUCUUUUUAAAGUCAACGUUGCCAAAUCUCCGCACCCCAAGGAGGAAAAUGACAAAGUUGAAAUCUCAGAAAUGGCCCAUUCAGGCAGCAGUCCCGUAACACCAAAUGAUUUAGUGGUGUGCUGUGGGAGUGCUGUGCAAGAAAAUGAAGCACAAAAUGAUAUCACCAAAUCAGCCCAGGUGCUAACAGCAGACCCCACCAGAGACAACGACAGCAACCUGAUAAGUUCAGAUGAAGCAGAGACUCUUGUUGAAAACAAUUUUCUCUCCCAGUUUGAGGAAACAGGUGAACAGUGUUCUGGCCUUGAAAAUAAAACAGAAGCCCCAUCUGUUCAUAGUCUGACUCAGGAAAACUUUAAACCAAAGUCCAACAAAACAUUUUUUACUGACAAUAUCAAAUGUCUUCACAUCCCCAUUGAUGGAGAGGAAACCCAGGCUAUUAAUACAGCUAUUAAAGGCCGUCAAGUCAAAUACCUUGCUGUCUCAAUUGCUCAAAACAAUCACUCCUUCCACACCCAGGAAAGCUUAUCUGAUGUGCCAGCUGACAAUGUUGUUCAGCUACCUUACAGUGAACAGUGUGUUCAGUUGAUAAAUGAUUCCAUAACUAAUUCUACAAAACAGCUGCCUACUGAAGAGCUCCACAUUAUAGAGAGCAACCGGGCACCAGAAGAACAUCCGUGUCUUCCUAAUCUGCUAGAAGGAGAGGAUUUAGGGAGUAAUUCCCUGGAUGAAAUUGCUGACCAAUUUGCAAGUGAAAAAUAUGCACUCCAUCAAGCAGUCAAUAAAAACCCUGAAGAGAACCACCACGCAGAUGGGAAGGAAUCAGAGGGAGAUAAACACCAACAGAACACUCCUUCAGAAGAACCACGUCCUGAAUCUGCAGCACCGGAGAGCGAUUCCUCAGGACAAUUACGUUCUUUAAUUGCAAACUCUAGCUCCAAAGAUGAGGCAGAAAGCGGGAAACACAGAGGACAAGAUGCUAAAGCAGAAGGAGCAGAGAUGAAGCCUACUUUUCCAUCUUCACCGGCAUAUGCAUUCGGUGAGCCCAGGGGAAGUGAAAUGGACCAGGAAAAGGGAAAAUCUGAAUUGGGCAACAAGGAGACUGUAACAUUAAAAGUGUCUGUUUUAGAACCACCACCACCACCAACAGAACCGUUGCAUUCUGAGGUUCAAGAAUCUGAAACAAAGCCUGGUACUUCUGACAAGCCAUGUGAGAUUUCAGCAGAACGGAAUGAUGACAACAGAGUACCUGAACUAGAUCCAUGUGAAAACUUAACAUCAUUUAGCUGUUCUCAGCUCUCAGAGGAGUCAGCAACUAUUGAAAAUAGAAACAAAAUAGAAGUCAAAAGUAAUGGAGAUCACUGUAUUAUUUGUUCCCAGAAUUUGAGUCAACUUGGAAUCCUAGAAUCAUCUGUAGAUCCUGAUGAUGAAAAAAAAGAAUGUGUUAACCAUCCCACAAUAAAAGAGGAUUUGAAUAUGGACACAGAAGAUGUUGGGAAGAAAGGUGGUAGCAGGAUAGAACCACAACAUGAAGGAUUUUGUCAGAAGGCAAUCACCUCUUUUCUGAACUACUCAGAAAUCCCAGGGUCUUCCGUUGAUCCCAUAAAAGAAUCAAAUGAAGGUGCAGAGGUAAUGGAAAUUUCAAGUGCAGAAAAAACAGCCCAGGCUGAAACCACACCAGGUGUGAAAGAGGAAAAUUGGAGCAGGAACUUGGAAGUCAAGGAUGUAUUUUCACAGUGUCCUCAAAUUGGACAACCCAGUGGGGAAGGAAUUUCAUGUCCAAGCAGCAUAGAUCAAUGUAAAGGUGGCGUGAAGAAGGCUACAGAUGAGUCUGAUUUUAUGGUCACUGAGCAGGAAACCCUAGAGAAUCAGAAUGUGAAACCUAUUUCACCAAAUGGGACUCCAUCCAGCAGUUCUGCUGAUAGACCCCAGGAAGAAGACACCAACAAUUCACCAAAACAAAGUCAAGAAGCCUCUGCGAAGAUAAUAGAUGAGCUUAAACCCAGAGGAUGUGUUUGUAUCAACUCAAAUGAACCUGUAAAUUUUGAAAAUGAGUGUGCGGUGUCUUUUCCAGCUCCUUUACUUAUCUCCAGUGGUCCCAUUGAACCCCCUAGGAAUUCAUCAAUUGAAGAAACUGCCACAAAUUCUGUAACAGGUGAUAAAAUUGAAGAGCCCUCAAUUGACAAGGGAAAAAAUAUAAAUUCAUCAGACUCUCCAAAAGAUGCUUCAGUAUUAAUUCCCAUUGAAUGUGUCUCCUAUGAUAGUCUCAAAUGCCAAGGCCAACCUUCCCUGUGCUUAAACCAACAAGACUUUCUAUCAGGAACUUUUGAAAGGACAGAAAAGUCAAUGGCACCUUGUCCUCUGGUGCCUGAGUCCCGCAAAUUCCCCAAGACCCCGCCAAGUCUAGCUGUGCCCCCGGAAAUGAAGACCAAACAAGACACAAAUAAUGGAGAGCACUUACCGGAAGGGGUGAAGAAGAAAAUCCUAUCCAAGGUGGCGGCUCUGAAACUCCGCCUGGAAGAAAAGGCAAAUGUUCGAAAAAACUUAACGGGCAUUAGGAAGAUCUCAAAAAUGGAAACAGCGCUGAAACCCAAUGAAGAGAAAAAAGACCUCAAAAAAGGCCCUUGUAAAAAAGAUGGCAAAGCCCCAGUGCUGCUGAAAAAGAUCCAAGCUGAGAUGUUUCCUGAUCAUUCUGGAAAUAUAAAAUUGUGCUGCCAAUUUGCAGAAAUUCAUGAAGAAUCCACCAUCUUGUGGACAAAAGAUUCAAAACUGAUAGCACGGGUACACAGAAGUGCAGGAGACCAUUCUACGGUGUCCUUGGCCAUUGUUCAAGCUAGUAAAAAAGACCAAGGCUUGUAUUAUUGCUGCCUGAAGAACACUUACGGAAAGGUGACAGCUGAAUUUAAUUUAACAUCUGAAGUUCUGGAAAAGCUUUCAUACCAUCAGGAUAUUAAAGGGUGUGAAGAGAUAGAAUUCAGCCAGCUCAUCUUCAGAGAAGACUUCAUCAGCGAUAGCUACUUCGGAGGCAACCUGCGAGGCCAGAUCGCGACGGAAGAGCUGCAUUUCGGCGAGGGUGUCCACCGCAAGGCUUUCCGCAGCAAGGUGAUGCAAGGCCUCACGCCAGUCUUCCUCCCGGGCCACGCCUGCGUUCUCAAAGUGCACAAUGCUAUUGCCUAUGGGACCAAAAACAAUGAUGAACUUGUUCAGAGGAACUACAAACUCGCCACUCAGGAGUGUUAUGUGCAAAACACUGCCAGACAGUAUGCCAAGAUCUAUGCAGCAGAAGCCCAGCCUUUGGAAGGCUUUGGAGAAGUGCCAGAGAUCAUUCCAAUUUUCCUUAUUCAUCGGCCUGAAAACAACAUCCCUUAUGCCACAGUGGAGGAGGAGCUGAUUGGGGAAUUUGUCAAGUAUUCUAUUAGGGAUGGGAAGGAAAUCAAUUUCCUGAGAAGAGAAUCUGAGGCUGGCCAGAAGUGUUGUACCUUCCAGCACUGGGUGUAUCAGAAAACAAGCGGUGGUUUGCUUGUCACAGACAUGCAAGGUGUGGGAAUGAAGUUAACCGACGUUGGCAUAGCAACAUUGGCUAAAGGGUACAAAGGAUUUAAAGGCAACUGUUCCAUCUCUUUCAUCGAUCAGUUUAAGACGCUUCAUCAGUGUAACAAAUAUUGUGAAAUGUUAGGGUUGAAAUCACUUCAAGCCAAUCACCAGAAACAAAGGAAGCCAACCAGCGGGAGAAACAAAGCUCAGCCAAAUACUUCCACUGUUAAGAAAACUAUGGGUGUGGUACAAGAAGACAAGAAAACAUAGACUGUUGUUUGAAGUUGUCUGCUAACAAUGAAUAUGCCUUGUGAGAAUGUGGGGUGGGAGGGGGGAGGACUGGAGAGGAAGAGAGAAAAAGAGAUUGAGAGAGAGAGAGGGAGAGCAAAAGGUGGGGAGAGAGAGAGAGAGUCUGAACUUUUUGUGUUUAAAUGUGACUAGAAUAAGGUGUUUGUACUUGGAAAUGCUUCUAAAACAUGACUCUCUGUAUUCUGGAAAGUAAGAAGAAAUUGGAACCCGGGACUUCGGUCAUAGGGAGAACAAAUUGAAUGGUAGAGGGCAAAGAGAGCAUUGUCCCUGUAUAAAUAUUUAAAAAACAACUCACGUGAUUGUAUAUUUGUGUAUUUGCACACUGUUGUGUCAUCUAGGCCUUGGCGUGAAGUGGGAGACUCCUACCAUAUCAUGCCUAACUUCUAGAUUUUUACACCAGUGAUGUUAUGGCACUCAGCUGCUAUGUAAACUUGAAAUAGGAACUCUUCCUUUGUAUUAAAGUUUUGCACUAGUGGUGAAUUCUGGCAUUUCAUGCUGAAGACAGGUUAAGAUAAUUAGGACCUUUUUCAUAAUUAUUUAAACAGUUAUGAAGUUGAGACACAUAGUUGUACUGUACUGUUUAAUAAAAGUCCUACUUCAACAGAA